ACUUGGAAAUGUGUGAUCUUUCUGAACCAACGUGAUAGUUAUACAUUUGUUAAAUUGCUAAAUCUCGGCUAAGAAUGAACUGUAAUUUUAGCCAAGACUCGAAUCACAAUUUACCGAGAACCAAAACAGAGACAUUCUUUGUGAAUUUCUAGAAUCGCAUUCGAUUGUACUCGUCGAAUUACACAAGAUGGCACUAUUUUCGAAUAUUUGCUCAAUUUUUAGUUUUGAGGUUAUAUUGAUGUUAUGUCCGGCGACAAGAAUCGUUAAUUUAAAUAUAAUAAUUUGAAGUGAUAUUUGUUUAUGAGAAUGGCACGUUCGUUUAACAUACUUGCUGCCAAAGAAUUAAUAAGGAUUCAGAUUGCUAGAUAUAGUAAGAAAAAAGAGCACUGGGCUGUAAUUAAAAGGAAAAAAACAGCGAAGCACGUGGCGCUGAAACACUUUGACGAGUUUUAUAGUAGUGUUUAUAAGAAAAAAUGGGAAGAGAUAAGAACUGCAUUAUUGGAGGAAGAUCACAAAUACAUGGCUGUUGUAAAUAGCUUUAGUGAUAUAGACCGCAUAAAAACAGAAUUAGAGUCAUUAGGUGCUAUGAACUUGAAAAUGAUAUAUCAAGCUUAUAAGGCAGAAAUUGAUGAGAAUCCAUACAAACCAAAUAAAAAAAGAAAGAAGGAAGAUCCAGCAAAAAGCCUGGAAAUGGGGUCUGUGAUUUCAAAUGUUCAGAUGAAUAUAAGACAGUCACAUUAUCCUGCAGAUUACGCAGUAAAACCUACAGCUAUAAGUAUAACGGAAGAAGAUGAGGAUAUUGAGCAAAAUCGGAGUAAACUACAACCUGUGUCAUUGAAAUCUAUCGAGGCAGAUAUGAAUGAAAUAAGUUUGGACACGAAUCGCAUUGUGAAUCCCACUGUUGGUUUGAACGGAUUGUAUGAAUUUGUACCAGCUACACAAAUUAAGGGUCUGGAGGAUUGGGUAUUAGAAUCACAACACUAUGACUACUACAAUCAAAGUUCAGAUUUUUCAGUGAAUGUUGAGCCUGAGCCAAUAUUAACUUUUCCGGAUUAUCUCAACGUAUACACGUUCGAGGAGAGCAACAACACCAGAUUUCCAGCACCUAAGAAAGGAUCCACAGAUGUUCUAAAUUACUAUCUUUUGGAUGGUACCUCUAUACUACCGGUGCUUGCUUUGGACUUGCAACCCGGUGACUCCGUGUUGGACAUGUGCGCGGCUCCCGGUGGGAAAACACUUACGAUACUUCAGACAUUGAUGCCACGUUUGCUGGUCGCGAACGACGCACAGCUAUCUAGAAUGAAGAGAAUACACAAUGUCAUAAAUCAAUAUGUAAACGGCAUUGGUCAAUGGCAAGACAGGCUGUAUGUGACUCAACAUGACGCGAAAACGAUCAGUGAUAAAGAUGUCUAUAACAAGAUUCUAGUGGACGUACCGUGCACCACAGACCGACACGUGCUGCAUUCCGAUGAGAACAACAUCUUCAAGUCAACAAGGCUGCAGGAGAGAUUAAAGAUACCGGAGUUGCAGGCGGGCAUUUUAACUAACGCGCUGAAGAUAAUACCGGUUGGCGGCACGGUCGUUUACUCGACGUGCUCCCUCAGCCCCAUUCAGAACGACGGCGUGGUCGGCUUGGCGCUGAAGCAAGCCUGGGAGGAGACCAAUUCGAUUAUGAUCGUCAAGGACAUGGGGAAAGCAUUGCGUCCGUUGAACUGCCUGUACAAGUUCGGCAACUUCGGCCUGAGGUACGGCCACAUCGUCAUUCCUACGCUCAAGAACAACUGGGGACCCAUGUACUUCUGUAAGAUCGUGCGGGAGCGGUAGUAAGGCAGACUAAGUCGCGGCGCUCGACGUGACGUUCCUCUGCGUGAUUCUAUUUCGCCUUGUUGAUACAUUUUAAAGGCGUCAUCUGAUCGCACGUCUCCUCGUCCGACAGCCUGGUCUUGUUCCAUGGCUGCUCGUUGCCGCUUCCGAAAAUAGUGUAGACCAAUAUCUCGAUGGUAUACAGAAUGACUGUUACAAGGAACACGAUCCUCCAUGCUUCUAUGGUUUGCUGUGAGCAACAGGACGAUUCGAGUACCGACUACUUUUGAUGUUAGCUUAUUGGAUUUAAUAAAAGGGAGAAAAAGAA